CAGGUGCGGCAAAACGCACCAUGUUUAGGGUGGCCUCCACUCUCCUGGGCAUCUGAGGUCAGGGGGAGGUCCCGUCAAUCCGUCCAUCCACCAAGCAGUGUGGCUGAGCCUCGGCAUCCCUGAGAAGUGUGUCUGGAGCGGGUUCGAAUUCCGAAGACGCCCGAUGGCUGCGCUGGCUAGGGACCGUCUGAGGCUGAGCCGCGGACCCGGACCUUACAGUUCACUCCUGGCUCCUCAGCGGCGGCGCCCAGGACAGAACCUGUGGACUCGGGCCGCCGUCUGAGGUGACUGAAGGCGGCAGGCUUCGCGCGCGUCGGGUCAAAUCCUGAUUUUCAUUUCGCUCCAGGCUCGGAGGACUAAGUAAGCUCCAAACCGCACAAACAGGAAGGAGGGAGGGCCGGGAGUGCGGGCAGAGGGCGGGUCGUUCCCAGCAGCGCGGGCGGUCCCUCCCCGCUCCGGUCCCGGACCCGCGGUGCCGGGGCGGGGCGUGCUUGUCAGCUGGGGCUAGAAAAGGCGGCGGCCCGGUCCCGCGAGGUGACAGCCCAACUUGGACGCCUGGCCAGGCCGACGCCGCCAUGAGCGCCGCACUUUUCAGCCUGGACAGCCCCGCGCGCGGCGCACCCUGGCCCACCGAGCCCACGGCCUUCUACGAGCCAGGCAGAGUGGGCAAGCCGGGCCGCGGGCCCGAACCGGCGGAUCUAGGGGAGCCGAGCUCCACGGCCCCUGCCAUGUACGACGACGAGAGCGCCAUCGACUUCAGCGCCUACAUUGACUCCAUGGCCGCCGUGCCCACCCUGGAGCUGUGCCACGACGAGCUCUUCGCCGACCUCUUCAACAGCAACCACAAAGCGGCCGGCGCGGGCGGCCUGGAGCUGCUGCCCGGCGGCCCCACUCGACCCCCAGGCGCGGGUUCAGCCACCCGGGGCCCGCUCAAGCGUGAGCCCGAUUGGGGCGACAGCGACGCGCCGGGCUCCCUGCUGCCCGCGCAAGUGGCCGUGUGCGCGCAGACAGUGGUGAGCCUGGCGGCCGCGGCGCAACCCACACCGCCCACGUCUCCCGAGCCCCCUCGAGGCAGCCCAGGGCCGAGCCUCGCGGCCGGCCCCGUCCGAGAGAAGGGCACCGGCAAGAGGGGUCCAGACCGCGGCAGCCCCGAGUACCGGCAGCGGCGUGAGCGCAACAACAUCGCUGUGCGCAAGAGCCGCGACAAGGCCAAGCGCCGCAACCAGGAGAUGCAGCAGAAGUUGGUGGAGCUGUCGGCCGAGAACGAGAAGCUGCACCAGCGCGUGGAGCAGCUGACGCGGGACCUGGCCGGCCUCCGGCAGUUCUUCAAACAGCUGCCCAGCCCGCCUUUCCUGCCGCCCACCGGCACCGACUGCCGGUAACGCGUGGCGUGGGCCUCAGAGACUCCAAACGACUGAUACCUCAGACCCCGACGGCCGGGAGUGGACGCCGCCAGAGCUGCUGCAGUUUCUUUGGGACAUGCGAGCGACCGGAAGCUGCAGCUUGGACACUGGACUGCGAGAGAAGCUAUAUCUUUCCCCCUUAAAUUAUUUUUAUAAUGGUAGCCUUUUCUACGUCUUAUUACCAUUGCAGCUAAGGUACAUUUGUAGAAAGAAGACUUUUCGAAGACUUUUGUAAGUAAGAGGAAGAGACUGCGCAUGCUUUUUGUAUUAAUUUUUACAAUAUUUGUAAGAAUAAAGAAGCAUUUAAAUUGCUGCAGCUUCCUAUAUUCAGUCUCUCCCGCACACAAUGUCCUGGGACCUCACCAGGGAAAACAGGCGCCUGGAAACCACGGGACCAGGUGUGGUGCCCACACGGGGUAAGGAGAUGGUGAGUGUGCUCGGAAGCCUGGCAGAGUUGGCCUCAUGGAACAUGGGAAAACAUAGCUACUCCAUGUUAGGUGGAAGGAGAGUGUGCAGACUUGGGUUGGGGCUGGCCAGAGAACAACUGAAGGACGAGAAGUCAGAAACAGGAUUCCUCCUUGCUUGUGUAGCUCUGCUUUCAUUUUCCUCAAUCCUAGGGACAUCAUGUAUAUUUCAAAGUGUGCAUCAGGACACCUUUGUAUAUAAAAAGGACAGCCCCAAACGCCAUUAAUUGUAAUGUUUGAGAGCUUACUCCCCCAAAAGCUGUGCGCCUUUCUCCUAAGAAAACCGUGUGUUAGGAACACGGCCUGUUGUUACUGUGUUGUGUGCAGAAGGAAAAACCAAACGUUCAGAGUCCAAAUAUGUAGCUCGGUUAGUAACUUAAAUCCUGCCCAAAGCACAGGAUGGUGGGACGCUGUGAGUCUGUGAUCUUUGCCCUCUGACAGGUGUGUGGUGGAGUGAGCUACAAAAACUUGUUUAAUACAGCUUUUGUCAGACCCAGUGCAUCUACAUUGUGGGUGACAGUGCCAUCUCUGGCAGUCCUAAGAAUACUAAAACUCCAGUGUCUGGGUUGGAUAUUUAUUUAUUAGAGCAGAGCAGCAACAUCUCAAUAUGAGAUACUGGUUGAAGCUUUAAAGAAUAGUCUUUCUGGAAACAUUAAAUACCACAAAGAAAAAAAAUGUACAAAUAUUGGUAAAGUCUUAAAUACUUUAUUUAAAGCAACAACAAUGAACAUUUCCUAAUAAAUCAAUAAUAUUGCCUAAGUAAUGCAAAAUGAAGACCACAGGGAUGUUCAAGCUUUAGAAACAUGUCCUCAAACUUAUAGGAAGGUAUUAAAAAAGAUAUAAUAAAGGUAUUUUGAUUUUUAACUUACAAAACCAUCGUAUUAAUCGUAUUACCAAGGGGGGAAAAAACCAUUAAAUUUAAAACCAUAAAAAUACUCUGUGGAGUUAACACAGCUCCCCAAAUCAAACCUCCACCCUCAGUGCCAAGUUCCCAGAUGUCAGGAAGAAGGAUGGCCGCUGCCUCCUGCACCUAGAAGUUCAAUUUCCUCCAGUGUGACGCAGCUGGCCUGCUGUGGAGUGGCAGACUGGACAAAGCAGAGUAAAGGCCCCAUCUCCUUCCCAAGGACAUUCUUCACUUCAUAACUCUGCAGUGAUAGAAGCAUGCUGGUUAAAGCAAACAGUCCUGGACUCCUGCACAUCCUGUUCCCAACAACAAGGCCACAGCUAGGGCAAAGGCCCCUCCGUAAGCUGCAACCUUCCUUCCAACGGAAAAUAGCAUUUGGGGGGUGAUGGUUGAGGGUGUGCUAUAAAAGUCCCCUUUAUUGUAGCAAACAAAUGAACUACUUUAUGACUUGA